AUGGCCGACGCAAAGAGCCAUGCGCCGGAUCGUAUCGAGCCUUUAACUCGCACUAAAAUCCCAUUCUGGCGUCUCGUUGUCGACCAAGGUGUCGUCACCCAGGAAAUUAUCGAUCACGCAUACCCUGGAUCAGGAACAGAGGACGACCCAUACGCGGUGACAUGGAUCGAGCAAGAUCCUCGCAAUCCGAUGCUUUUCAGUGAGACGAAGAAGUGGUCGUACACUAUGCUUGUCGCGUUUGCGACGCUCGCCGUAUCAUUAGUUUCAUCCGCCUACACUGGAGGUAUCUUGCAGAUUGAAGAGCAAUUCGGCAUUGGCGAUGAAGUCGCCACUCUUGGUGUUUCGCUUUUCGUCGUCGGUUUCGCUGUCGGUCCAGUCGUUUGGGCUCCUAUGUCAGAACUCUUUGGUCGCCAGGUUCUAUUUGUCGGAACAUACGCUGCUCUUACACUCUUCAACAUUGGUACAGCCGUUGCGCAAAAUAGCUGGUCAUUGAUUAUCCUUCGUUUCUUCGCUGGUGCUUUUGGCUCGUCCCCGCUUACCAACGCGGGUGGUGUUAUUGCCGAUAUGUUCCCUGCUAAGCAGCGUGGUGUUGCUAUGAGUCUAUUUGCUGCUGCUCCUUUCCUGGGCCCUGUUCUUGGUCCCAUUAUUGGUGGAUUCUUGGGAAUGAACGCGGGCUGGAGGUGGGUUUUGGGAUUUUUGGCUGCGUUCUCUGGGUUUGUCUGGAUUCUGGGAUCACUGUUGAUGCCGGAGACUUAUGCGCCCGUGCUUCUUCGACGCCGUGCUGAGAGACUGUCUAAGCUCUCUGGUAAGGUUUACCGGAGUAAGAUUGAUAUCGACCAAGGCAAGGUUUCUCUCGCCGAGGCUUUCAAAAUUGCCUUGUCUCGCCCGUGGAUUCUCUUAUUCCGUGAGCCCAUUGUCUUCCUUCUAUCUCUGUAUAUGGCUAUUGUAUACGGUACCCUAUACCUGAUGUUCGCGGCAUUCCCUAUUGUGUACGAGGAAUACCGUGGCUGGAAUCAGGGUGUUAGCGGACUAGCUUUCUUGGGUAUUAUGGUCGGUAUGCUUGCCGCUGUGGUCUACAGUCUCUGGGACAACAAGCGAUACAUAAAUACCCAGGAGAAGCACGGUGGCUUUGCACCACCAGAGGCCCGCCUCCCACCAACAAUGAUUGCUUCGAUCGCGAUCCCGAUUGGUCUGUUCUGGUUCGCUUGGACCAACUACCCAUCUAUCCACUGGAUGGCCAGUAUUGCAGCCGGCGCACCCUUCGGUUUCGGAAUGGUGUUAGUCUUCCUUGGAAUCAUGAACUACCUUAUCGACGCAUACACCAUCUUCGCUGCCUCCGUCCUAGCCGCCAACUCCGUCCUCCGUUCUCUCUUCGGUGCGGCUUUCCCCUUGUUCACCACAUAUAUGUACGACAACCUAGGUAUCCACUGGGCCUCGUCUAUUCCGGCAUUCUUGUCUCUUGCAUGUGUGCCAUUCCCAUUCUUGUUCUACAAGUAUGGUGCGGAGAUUCGCAAGCGCUGCAAGUUCUCUGCUCAAUCCGAUGCAUUUAUGCAGAAGAUCCAGGAGCAGGCCCAGGCUAUCCCGGCACAAGAAGAGGUCAAGUACGACCUCACUGAAGCCCCCGCACCGGGCGGCUCGUUAUCAAGCGAGUCCGAAUCGGAAGAACAUGCUGUGGUACGAAGCCGCAGCCACGCACCCUCUACCACUUCAACAUUGAACCGUGUGCCUACCUACGAAGGAAAUCCAUUUGAUAUGGAUCGUGUCAAUACCAAGGAAUCUUUCAAGCCCUGA